CUGGGCCAUGGCCGGGGCAGGGAGCGCAGCGCGGAGGCUGCUCCAGCCCUGCAGCCCGCGGGGCAGCGCGGAGGUACCACAAAAGUAUCUGGCCCCUCUGGGAAAAGAGGGAGAAGCAGCUAAAGCCGAGGAGGAGCGACAAAGUGAGGAGCUGCUGAAACAGACGGCAGCCGAGAGGCAGAAGAUCGUCGGGGAGUGGCAGGAGCUGCGAGGGUGUCUGGAGGAGCAGGAGCAGCGUCUGCUGGCCCGACUGGAAGAGCUAGAGAGAGCCAUUGUCCAGAGAAGGGAUGAGGGCAUCUGCAGCCUGUCAUGGGAGAUUUCCCUGCUCAGCGAGAGGGGAGGAGAGAAGGGGCAGCAGCCGCUGAGCCAACCCCUGCAGGGUGUUGGGAGCACUGGGGGCAGCAGGGAGGACAGGACAUUUCGGAAGCUAGAGCCAUUGUUUGCAGAGCUGGAGAAGAGACUCAGCGAUCUUUCUCUGAAAAGUGCCAUGCUGCAGGAGGUGGUGCUGAGAUUCAAAGAGACGCUGCGACGGGGGCUGGGGAGCGACACAGCCAUCCCGAUGAUGAUUAAUUUCUGGGAAACAUCCUCAGCAGAAUUAUUUGAAGGUGUUGUACCAGACAGUAAAGGCACAGAGGCAGUGGCUUGUGGGAAAGAGGGCGGCAGAGUAACGCCCACCUUUGGCUCCAGAUUGUCCCAGCCUCCCAGGGUCCAGGGAAGGGAACUGGCUGUAGUGGAGCCAGUCCAGGGGCCGGUGACCUUCGAGGAGGUGGCUGUGUAUUUCACCAGGGAAGAGUGGGCUCUGCUGGACCCCCGUCAAAGAGCCCUCUGCAGAGACGUCAUGCGGGAGAACUAUGAGAAUGUGACCUCGCUGGCAGGUGAUGCAAUGGUACGUGAGAAAGAGGAGCAGAAUUCUCUGCAGGAAAAUGUUGAGCAAGUGGAUAAACACAGAGAAUUAUCGCAAAGAUCGAAAAGGAAUGUGUCCAGGAGUCAUGAGCAGGGAAACUCCUGUGAGAGUCAUCACAGACCAGAAAAAGAGCAGGGAAACCAGCCAGGGGAGAAAGUGGGUAAAUUAAUUUCACGAGAAGGAACUCAGAAGGACCUCAAGGAAACCACAACACAGCAGGAAAUCCUUAUGAGAAAGAGCAAAAAUACAUGCACUGAGUGUGGGAAAAACUUACGUGACUAUUCAGCCCGUAAAGAGCAUCAUAGAAUCCACACAAGGGAAAAGCCCCAUGGAUGCAGUGAGUGUGGGAAAACCUUCAAGUGCAGCUCACAUCUUAUUUCCCAUCAGAGAAUCCACACAGGGGAGCGGCCCUAUGAAUGCAGUGAGUGUGGGAAAAAUUUCACUCACAGAUUCAGCCUUAUUAAUCAUCAGAGAAGCCACAUGGGGGAAAGGCCCUUUAAAUGCCAUGAGUGUGGAAAGUGCUUCAUUAACACCUCAACUCUUUCUAAACAUCAGAGAAUCCACACAGGGCAGAGGCCCUAUGAAUGUAGUGAGUGUGGGAAAAACUUCACUCAUAGAUCAGGCCUUUCUGAACAUCAGAGAAUCCACACUGGGAAGAGGCCGUAUGAAUGCAACGAGUGUGGGAAAACUUUCAAUCGGAGCUCAAACCUUAUUACUCAUCAGAGAAUCCACACAGGAGAGCGACCCUAUGAAUGCAGUGAGUGUGGGAAAACCUUCGCUUGGCACUCAGCCCAUGUUAGUCAUCAGAGAAUCUGCCAGGGAGCUCAACACCAUAAAAACCUCUAGGGCAGGGCUGCACAACUCGUAAAGCAGUGAGGGCCAUAUUACUCCAAAGAAACAUCUGAAGGCUGAACUCCCCUCCCCACUCAGCACCGACAGAACACCACCCCCACCAAAACACACACACACACAGUGCUGCCUGCACUGUGGAAACAAACCCUCCUUCCCCAGUGCCACCCCGCUGAAACAGCUGUGGGCCAAAAAGGAAGAUUGAGGGAAUACUUUAUUAAGAAUUUUUCAAUUAAAGCAAACAAUUUUUUAAUUUUUUUUUUAAUGAAUCAGGGAAAAAUGAAAAACACCUGUUUUGUUGAAAGAAAAUUUUGUACUUUUCAUAAUUACCUUGCAAAUUUAAUGAGAGAUAUUACAUCUCUUUUGGACAACAAGCUUGUCGUAUUCAGGGGUCAUAUCUGAAGUGGAUAUUUUCAUUAUGUCUUCCAAAUGGUCGUCAGUCAGAGAAGAACAUUGCUUGUUUUUAUUCAUGUUCGUGGUGGAAAAUGAUUUUUCACAUAUGUAGGUGCUUCCGAAAAUGCUGAAUGUUUUCAGUGCAACUUCAAUAAGAUUCUUGUAUUUUUCAUCAUGCAGACUUUUGUAGAAGUCCCACAGGCUGCUUUCUCUGUGCUUAUAUCGGUAAACUGCCGAACAUUAAAGUUCAGUAACCUCCAAAUGCAAAUCUACUGGCACUUCCUCUGGAUCCACAGAAAAGGGAUCUUCAAUCAGCUUCAACUGGACAUCGUCGUCUUUAGACAAAGUAAGUCUUCUGUCAAAUUCUUCAAUCAAAAGAUUGAUGUGCUUUGCAUAUUUUUCUCCUAACUCAGCGUGUUUGUGCUGAGGGAUACACUGUGUACAAGUGGGAUAGUGACACAUUUCACCUUUUGACAGCCGACUUCUGAAAAGUUUCAAUUUCAUUUUGAAAGCUUUCACUGCUGCACACAUUUGAAAUAUAAGUUGAUUUUUUUCCCUUUGAAGUUGAAUGUUGAGAUCAUUCAGGUGUGCUGUAAUAUCACAAAAGAAAAAGAGAUCUUGAUUCCAGGACUCAUUUUCAAGCUCUGGGAAUUUUAUUGGCCCAUUUUCUACGAAUUUUGCUACCUCCUCUUUCAAAGGAAUGAAACGGCGGAGCACUUUUCCUCGACUCAACCACCUCACUUCCGUAUGGUACAUCAAGUGACUGCACUCAGUGUUUACCCCUUCAAGAAGGGCUCGGAAUAUCCUAUGUUUUAGUCCUCUAGAACGGAUGUAGUUUACAAUGGAAACUAUCACUGACGUUACAUGCUCAGAUUUUAAGACUUUCUACACAAAACCUGCUGAUGUAAAUGCAGUGAUGUUUGGUUAUUUGUCUCCCAAUAAAUUCUUCAAGAAGA